AUGGCGGAGUCGAGCAGCAGAGGAGUGAAGCUGUAUCACGAGCCGCGCGACGGGUCCACUCCUUCCGCCGUGCAUUGCGUCAACGCGCUGGCGCAAGGGCCGCUCUUCUGCGAAUUUGAUACGGCGGCAGCUGCAACCGAACUUGAUCGGAAGCGGCGUCUCAAUUUACUGUGGGAAUUUGGCCUCUCGACGUACUCCUCCGGCCAUUUUCGGUUCGACGGUUUCGGCGUUCAGCCCACUUCCCCCCACAGAAGGCUAGGGAAAGCCCUGAUCGAUUUUGAGCAAGAGGGUGCCUUCGUUUGUCACAGGGCCUACGAGGAAGAUUGGACCUGCGUUCGGAGAGUGGACGGCGAGCGGUACGAAUUCGACAGCCUCUACCCGGCUCCGGAGCACGUGCCCGGUUUCUAUGUGCCCGCCUACAUCGACACCCUCGAGGGCUUCGGCUGGACCGUCUUUCUCGUCGGGGGGAAAUUGCAGGGAGCGCGCGGCACGCCGGCGGCGCGAGCUCAAGGCAAUGAUGGUCCACGGUCGUCGCGGGAAGCUGGCGCGGGGGGGAGGAAUAGGGACGGCGACUGCUCGCGACGUAAUGUCGGCAAGAGCCACAGAGCCCGAACAUCGACCCGUGGAACCAUAGGAUGGGCCUGUAUCGUUACUUUGUCAUUUGAAUAUUCAUUUAUGUAG